UCUUAAAGUAAAAGUCCUAUCAGUUUCGAAAUAAAUUUGAUUUCUGAAGAAGUUAAGCGAAGCUGUAUUUUUGCUUGUUUUCAUAUUAUUCAUAUUUUGUUUUAAAGUACAAUAUUGAAAAAUUUAAAUUUGUGGAUAUUUAUGUUAAUCUAAAUAAAUGAAAAGAAAGAUUUUGUAAUGUGAUAGAUUGCCAUUUAUUGUUAUGUUUUACUGUUGUUUUAAAACCCUAACAAAAUUAUGCCUGGAGAAGUGUUUACAUGUGGAAGUUGUAUAACGAUGUCUGGCGUAGAAGAAGGUGAAAUACCGAAAGAGUUUAUUGAAUAUGAUUUUGCUGAGGAUGCUUUAGAUUUUGAGAAUCAGCUUGCCGAAGCGCGUGAUGUCAAAUUUACUCAAAAUUUGAAAGAACCCUUGUCAAUAGGAUCUCAUAUACUAUGUACUGGAACGCCCUCUGACGAUUUACCAUGGUUUGCGGUAAAUAUCGGCUGUGGUGAUUCAGAGACCGGGCGAGGAGAUGUCGCCGUGCAUUUUAACGUGCGUCUUCCGCAGUGCUAUGUUGUUAGAAACACGAGGCGUCACGAUAAAUGGGGAGCCGAGGAGACCACUGCCUAUAGGUUAUUUCCUUUCAAAAUAAAUCGAGCAUUUUCGAUAGAGAUUUUAGUAGACGAAAAAGAAACACUAUGGGCCGUUGAUGGGGAACAUUAUUGCAGCUUCGCACAUAGAAAUCCAAGCGCUCUUAAUGCUGACUGGAUUCAGGUCACUGGUAUUAGAGAUGCCAACUUGAAGAUACAGAAGACUGAUGUCUAUCCUACUUUAGCGCCAGCUCCGCUUGAAAUUCCUAUGAAAGACUGUUUGUCUGCACCAGCUGAUGAUGAACCUAGUUGGAGACCAAAUGUCAUAGCGAGACUACCGAACGGAAUUCCAGAAGGGUAUCAAGUAGUCAUAACCGGCAGACUGCGGCCGCUGCUGCACUCGUUCGCCGUGGACCUGCUGGACUGCGCGCGCGAGUGGCCGCGCGCCAACAUACACGCGCACGUCAACGUGCGCGCGCACGUCGAGUCGCAGCAGGCGCGCCAGCUCGUCGUGCUCAACACGUGGCUGGGCGCCUGGGGAGCCGAGCGCCGCCAGCGCAGCGCCCGCCUCGUGCCGGGGACGGAGACGACGCUGCGCAUCGUGCGCGGGGGGGACGAGUGGGCGGUGUACACGGACGACGUGCUGGUGGGCGAGCUGGAGAUGCGCGCGGCGGCGGCGGGCGUGCGCGCGCUGCGCCUGCGCGGGGACCUCUACCCGCGCCGCCUGCUGCUCUGCCCGCUCGCCGGCACCCCCACCGAGAACGUGUAGACCGAUGUUUAAAUACCGCACUGCUAUUGGACGAAUAUAAAAAAAAAAAGAUAAAAAUUAAAAUAAAAAAAAAAACAUAAUAUAUUACAACAAUUUUUGGAAAACUUUGAAUGUUGCUUGAGAUCUGUUAUUAGUAACAUAAGUUAAAAUGAAAAUAACCAUGCACUUACUUAUCAUGUUGUAUUAAGGACUCUAUAUAUCGGUGCAUCAACAUGUAUUUAUUCGAAUCAUUUCAUAUGAAAACAAAAACUAUAGUAAAAUUUGACUAUAAUUAUUUGGUAUGAUAUAGCAUGGCAAGCUAGCGGGCGUCCAGGGUCCACACAGCGGACAAAAUGUAUGAAUUACGAAUCGCGCGUAUUUGUGGUGUAAUUGUAUGUGAUAUUGUUAACUAAAGAUAUAAAUUACUUAACUAAACUAAAUAUAACAAAGUAAGAAAUACAGUUUUACAUAUAAAUACGUUUUCGUGUGCUAGAAAAAAAAAGUGUUAAUAUUCGUUAGUUUAAAUGAUAUGAAAUUAGUACUAUCAUGGUAGCGAGAACCAUUUUACAGUAUUGGAAAUUUGAAAAGUAUUGGUUACACCAAUGUUAAAAAAGAAGUGCCCUGGGCUAUUAUUGCGAGAUCAUAAGGCUUAAAUGAAACAUAAAAUAAUAUUAUAUACUAAAAGAACGAGAUUUGUUUUUUAUUAAAAUUAUUUAGUCAUAUUCAAAGAAAUAUUGUAAUAGCAUUUAAAUGUGUUUUAACAAGACUAUUUUUAACCACAUAUUUUUAUGUUGUUUUCAAUAUGUGAUAGGUGCUGCCAUGUUAUUUGGGUAACCCAACAACUUGACGUUAGUAAUGAGAAAAUAAAUUAUUAUUUGUAUUUGUGUUUAAAUACUAGUAUUAAGCAUAUACAUAAAUACCAGUUAUCUUAUAAAAUAAGUAAAUCCAAACAUAUUUAACUUGGAUAAAAUAUAAUAUGUAUUGAUAUGGAUAACACACACUGAGAAAUAUAUAAGUGAACGCAUAUGACAGACAUAAUCCACGUGUAUAUAAAUAAAUAAUCUUACGUUCUGACUAAUGACAAUGUAGAUACUAAGGUACCAAUGUGCGAAGUUAAAGUUAAAGCUUUUAAUAAAGUACAAAUCAAGAGGACGAUGAUUUAUUUCAUUGUAUUUAAAUUAUUUCGAUAGCUGUGAUACAUGUUUUUUGUAAGAUGCUUCAACAUUCUGCAAUUCAAUGUUUCUUUUGAUAAUUUCUUAUUCCAUUCAUAAUAAUUCAUAAUACACAGACACCAGUUUAGUUAUACUUUUAUGAAUCGUAUUAUUAUUAUAUUAUUGGGUUAUCCUAUAUAAUAAAUAUUAAAGUAUUAAUCAAUAACAUCAAUUCUAGCCGCUAGAUCUUGAUAUCAUAUUCAAAAUCAUAAUGCUUGUCAAUAUAAUUUAUAAUUGAAGUAAAGUACUUAUGGACAUAAGAAUAAAUGAAAUUUAUAUAUUUCUUUUAAUCAAUUACAUAUUGUGUUUUUUAGUGACUAUAAUAAGUUUUGACGAACAAUAACAAUUUUGUAAUUACAAACUUACAUUAUAAUUAUCAGCAUUUAUUGAAUUUUUACUAAGUAAUUAUUACUUUAAUUUUUAUUUACAAAAUAAUUAAGUUUUUGGAUAUUUAUUUCUGUUUGUAUAAAAUAUUUAUUUUUACCAUUUUUGUCUUAACAUAAAAGGACAAAUUAAAUUGUUAGCGACACAACUUGUUCAUGCAAAGUUUUGUUGUGAUUUGAUAUGCGUCUUGCAUCAGGUCACUAUGAUUAUCUUCUUCAAUUACAUAAUUGUCUAAAUAUAAGAGCAAUAUUUAUAAUAAAAUUAUACAUACAUAUAUUAUAAUCGACUGUCACAGUUCAAUGUUAAAAUUUGUUAUAAGUCUUCAAAAUGCUAGACUAAUAUCUGUUAAUGAUUGAAUAAUAGAUUUUAUAUGAAAUUUAUGAUAAGAUCAUGAAAUUAAAAUGUAAUAAAGAUUUCGGCUGAAGUGCUAGUUAUGUAUGGAAAACUUAAUUAUACGCCGUCCUAUUACAUUAAAAAUUAUAUCUUUAAUCAAGCUUAUAAUAAUUCUUUCUGAAAAGGAUAAUGAAUGAUUAAAAAUAAGUGCUUU